AUGGACGAUACUGAGACUCAGACAGACAUGACCAUGACGGACGUCGACAUGGACGAUACUGAGACUCAGACAGACAUGACCAUGACGGACGUCGACAUGGACGAUACUGAGACUCAGACAGACAUGACCAUGAUGGACGUCGACAUGGACGAUACUGAGACUCAGACAGACAUGACCAUGACGGACGUCGACAUGGACGAAACUGAGACUCAGACAGACAUGACCAUGACGGACGUCGACAUGGACGAUACUGAGACUCAGACAGACAUGACCAUGACGGACGUCGACAUGGACGAUACUGAGACUCAGACAGACAUGACCAUGACGGACGUCGACAUGGACGAUACUGAGACUCAGACAGACAUGACCAUGACGGACGUCGACAUGGACGAUACUGAGACUCAGACAGACGUCGACAUAGACGAUACUGAGACUCAGACAGACAUGACCAUGACGGACGUCGACAUGGACGAUACUGAGACUCAGACAGACAUGACCAUGACGGACGUCGACAUGGACGAUACUGAGACUCAGACAGACAUGACCAUGACGGACGUCGACAUGGACGAUACUGAGACUCAGACAGACAUGACCAUGACGGACGUCGACAUGGAUGAUACUGAGACUCAGACAGACAUGACCAUGACGGACGUCGACAUGGACGAUACCGAGACUCAGACAGACAUGACCAUGACGGACGUCGACAUGGACGAUACUGAGACUCAGGCAGACAUGACCAUGACGGAUGUCGACAUGGACGAUACUGAGACUCAGACAGACAUGACCAUGACGGAUGUCGACAUGGACGAUACUGAGACUCAGACAGACAUGACCAUGACGGACGUCGACAUGGACGAUACUGAGACUCAGACAGACAUGACCAUGACGGAUGUCGACAUGGACGAUACUGAGACUCAGACAGACAUGACCAUGACGGACGUCGACAUGGACGAUACUGAGACUCAGACAGACGUCGACAUAGACGAUACUGAGACUCAGACAGACAUGACCAUGACGGACGUCGACAUGGACGAUACUUAG